AUGGACGUCAAAAAGACUGCUCCUGAUGACACCCUUGAGGCGAACUUCUCCAAAGCUGAGAUAUGCGCCUCGACGCCGCGCUUUGUGAAAGAAGCCGGAAGUCAACAAAACAUCAAGUCUCGCCAUGCUCAGAUGAUCGUAAUUGGCGGUGCAAUUGGCACUGGUGUUUUCUUAGAUCUACUCACAUAUUUGGCCGAGGUUGAAACUGAUGCUGAGAUGUGGACCAGACUGGAGCAGGCGGAGAAAGAGGUCUCACAAAAUGUGGCUUGGAGGGUCGUAUCUACUAUAUGGCAGUAG